AUGCUUCACCUUCAGGCAUUAGGUUCUAAUGGUUCCGGCCAGCUGGGAAUCGGCCACAAAGAGGAUGUUUCCAGCCCAGAAACCGUUCUUCUCCCACCGUCCCUCACGUCUACCAACACCCCACCACCAAAACUCCUUCACAUAGCAGCCGGAGGAAACCACACCAUGCUCUUAUUCGAUUCAGGAGACCUCCUAUGGAGCGGUGAUAACACAGAAGGUGCCUGCGGGCCCGUUUCGAGCGUCGACAACCAGGACGUCAAACAAGCACCCCAAUUCCGCCCAGUCAAUCUCCCCCCAUCAAUCCUAGCAAACUCCAAAGUCACACACGUAACCGCUACCUGGACAGCCACCAUCUUCGCCACUACCACCACUACGACCCCAACAACCACAACCCAAAAAACAACCCUCUACGCCCUCGGCACAAGUCUCAAAGGCGAACUCGGCCUCGGCCCAAGGCCCACCACCGUCCACGAACCAACACCCAUCCCCAACUUCCCCCCUCCCGACACCCACCUCACCUCCCUCGCGUCCUGUAUGGUCCACACCGUUGCCGUGCUCAACACCGGUGAGGUCUGGGGUUGGGGCAACGGGCGUAAGGGACAACUCGGUGAGCCCUCCGUCGCGGCAGUGUUUUCGCCCCGACGGAUCGAAGGGAUCCCGUUUCCCGUGGUUAAGGCGGUUUGUGGACGGGAGUUUACCGUGCUUUUGGGUGGGCCUGAGGCGGGGGAGAUGGUGGUGUUGGGGUCGGAUAAAUGGGGUGUUCGGUCAGGUGCGCCGAGUCGAGAGAUGGUGAAGGGGUGGAAGGAUGUGGGCGCUGGGUGGGGGGGGGUGGUGGUUUUGACGAGGGAUGGGGGGUUGGUGGCUUGGGGACGGGAUGAUCAUGGGCAAUUGGGGGGCGAGGAAGACCGGGAACGGUUAGGGAGGGUAGAGAGGAUUGCCGUAGGGAGCGAACAUGCGUUGGCGUUGACGGAAAAGGGGGAUGUUGUGGUCUGGGGAUGGGGGGAGCAUGGGAAUUGUGGGGAGAUCCGGAAGGUUGAGGGCGAAAAGGGGGAAAGGAACAAGAUAGCCGCGAGGGAGGAAGGCAAGGGAAUUGCAAUGAUAGGGGCGGGUUGUGCAACGAGCUGGAUUGCGGCUGAGAAGCAAACGUAA